AUGAAGCGGAAACAGAAUUUCCAGAGCCUCAGCUGCCCUCGCUUUAACAGCGACGACUGGUGUCAAUCAAACCAGACCCCGCCCUCUUUCGGCAGCCCCGUUCACCAGAGCGAGAAAGCGUAUCCGCUCGGCCCUAAAGAAGACGACUCGGCGGUCAUCGACGAAUCGGACGGCGACUGGACCAGCGGGAAGGAGCGAGAGCCUCCGUGGGCGGAGCUGUGCGGGUUGAGGAGGGACGUGUUGGGCGGAGAACUCGAUAUCGAGCAGAUCGAGAGAAACUGAGACUCGGAGGACGUCUUCACGUCCUCGGUUCUCGUGUUCCUCCACGUCCUGUAGCGAGUCGUGCUUUCCGGAGCUGGAAUGGGACUCGGGAGAAAUGGACGCUCACGAAUUUGUGGGACGUUAGGAUGACUCAGGUUGUAUCUCGGAAUAAAAAAAAUUGAAAAAAAGCAGAGUGGAUUCUGGGAUAUCGGGGGUUCUGCUCGCGCUCUGUUGCAGAUAUUGUAGCUUCUUCUUCUUCUUCUGUAAAGGAACGAAACGAUGGCGUACGUUCUCAGAGUCCGACCUGCCUGUCUGUCUGUGCUGAAUGACGAGUGAACGGAGCCAAAAUAUAAAUCUAUAUUUUUAAGGAUGUAUUAGUUUUUGUUUGUUUGUUUGUUUGUUUGUUUGUUUUUCUGCUCCGUUCGUCUGAAAAAACACGGCAUCACGAAGAAGGACGGAAAGGAAAACGAGAAGGUUCUGAGAGACGACUGCCGUAAAACCGAGGACUCACUGUUGAACUUGCACUGGCAUUGAACACGCACACACCUCACACACACACCUCACACACAUACGCACACACCUCACACACACACACACACACACACACACACACACACACACACACAGUGAAAAGCUUGGAAAGGGUUUCAGGUUUUAAUAACGUCGAGCGAUAAUUUCAAGCUAAUAGAGUUUAAUUCCUCUUUUUACGAAGUAUAACGUAAAAUGUACUUAUUUCUAUACGAAUAAACAUUUAAAGUGUG